CCUUAGUAACCGGGCGAAGCGUCCCCUGCGUGGAAGCAGUCGGGCGGCGGGCGCUUGAGACCGACAAUUCUGGUCUUGUUUCUCCGUGAGGAGGCUGCUCCAUUGGCAGUGGUGUAGAACUCUCUGCUGCUUUCCACGUCUCCUACCUCUGGUCUUCACCACCAAUACUGUUGUCAGGGAAAAUGCAGAGGCUGUACGACUCCGUGGAGCCGAGAGUGAUGGACGAGCACAUGCUCAAGCUGGCUGUGGAGGAACAAGGCCCGCAGGAGGAGGCUGGGCCGCUGGCCAGGCAGGAGGGCAUCCUCUUCAAGGAUGUCCUGUCACUGCGGCUGGACUUCCAAAACAUCCUCCACAUAGACAGCCUCUGGCAGUUUGAGAACUUGAGGAAGCUACAGCUGGACAACAACAUCAUUGAGAAGAUCGAGGGCCUGGAGCGUCUCGUGCACCUGGUCUGGCUGGACCUGUCCUUCAACAACAUCGAGGCCAUCGAGGGGCUGGACACACUGGUGAACCUGGAGGACCUGAGCUUGUUCAACAACCGGAUCUCCAAGAUUGACUCUCUGGAUGCCCUGGUCAAGCUGCAGGUGUUGUCGUUGGGCAACAACCAGAUCGGCAACAUGAUGAAUAUCAUCUACCUGCGGCGGUUCAAGGCCCUGCGGACGCUCAGCCUCUCUGGGAACCCCAUCGCAGAGUCAGAGGAUUACAAGAUGUUCAUCUAUGCCUACCUUCCUGACCUCAGGUACCUGGACUUCCGGCACAUUGACGACCACAUGAAAGAUCUGGCAAGGAGUAAGCACCAGUACAGCAUUGACGGGCUGAAGCAACAAGAGCACCUCACCCAGGCCCGGCUGGACGAUGAGCAGGCCCAGCAGGAGGAGCUGAAGAAGCACAAGGUCGCGUUCGUCGAGCACCUGAACGGCUCCUUCCUGUUUGACAGCAUGUACGCCGAAGACGUAGAGGGCAACAAGCUGGCCUACCUGCCUGGCGUCGGCGAGCUCCUGCAGGCCUACAAGGACAAAUUCGUCAUCAUCUGCCUGAACAUUUUUGAAUAUGGCCUGAAACAGCAGGAAAAGCGGAAACUGGAGCUUGACACCUUCAAUGAGUGUAUCCAGGAGGCCAUCCAGGAAAACCAGGAGCAGGGCAAACGCAGGAUUGCCAAGUUCGAGGAGAAGCACUUGCUGAAUCUAAAUGCCAUUCGAGAGGAGUCCAAUGUGACCAACAUUGAGAGAAAGAAAGUGGAAUAUGGCGAGGACAUCACGGAGCUGUUCAACGUGCUCAUGACACUGGAGAUGCAGUUGGUAGAGCAGCUGGAGGAGACUAUAAACAUGUUUGAAAGGAACAUCACGGACUUGGUGGCACUCUUUAUUGAAAAUGUCCAGAGCCUUAUGGCUCAGUGCCGGGACCUGGAGAACCACCACCACGAGAAGCUCCUGGAGAUCUCCAUCAAUACUCUGGAGAGGAUAGUGAAGGGCGAGCUCAACGAGGACCUGCCCGAUGACGUGCGCGCUCUUUUCGUCGACAAAGACACGAUUGUUAAUGCUGUCGGGGCGUCACAUGACAUCCAUCUCCUGAAGAUCGACAAUCGAGAAGAUGAGCUGGUGACCAGGACCAACUCUUGGUGUACGCACUUGGUGGACACGAUCCACAAGGAUGAGAUCAUGAGGAACCGCAGGCGAGUGAAGGAGAUCAAUCAGUACAUCGACCACAUGCAGAACGAACUGGACAACCUGGAAUGCAGUGACGUCAUAGAUUAGGGCUGC